AUCUUAACAGUAUCCAAUAACUGGGGCCUCAGGAGGAGCCGUUGUUGAACGUUGAGGUACAAGGAUACUUUGUCGCGACUCCAUGUAUCCAAUAAACCUGAGACUCUCGUGCCUGGUCGCUGUCGAGUCAGAAACUGAUCAGUGGACAUUUCCCGUCUCGAAAAGGAAGGCAGAUGAUGUCGAUGAUGAGGUGGAGCUGCAGUGGCAAUAACCAUCUGUCCUCCUACUCUGCAGAUUUGUUUCAACGCACUUUCACAGCUAUCCUCACCAUAGUGAAUUUUCCUGCGACAAGGUAGAUCAGAAGUAGAUUCUCCAUGCACGCCUUGAUUCUGGGAGCAACAGGCGCAGCAGGUGUCCUUCUCAUCCAGGAAGCACUCGCAGCAUCGCAUACCGUGGUUAUAUACGCGCGCGCGCCAGAGAAACUCCCUGAGGAAACCAGGAAUGAUCCCCGCAUCACCAUCCAUAAGGGGGAGCUCGAUGACAGAGAGGCGCUUUCAUCCGCCAUAAAGGGCGUCGACGCUGUCCUCUCUGCCCUUGGGCCAUCGGUCUCCCGCGGACCUAUGCACCCGAAGGGCACACCUCUUGCGCGGGCAUAUUCUCUCAUCAUCGAGCUUAUGAUAAGCCAUGGUGUGCGCCGGCUGCUGGCCCUUGGGACACCAAGCAUAACAGACCCAAACGACAAAUUCAGUCUGCGGAUGUCCAUAAUAGUCAAAGGUGUGGCCACCCUGGCACGUACAGCAUAUGAGGAUGUUGUAGCCAUUGGUGAGACUAUUCGGACACAAGGAACUGAUCUGAAUUGGACGAUUGCCCGUGUACCCCUGCUAAGUGGGUCAAACGACAAGAACUUUGUUGCGGGUUAUGUGGGAGACGGAAAAACAGGGACAUGGUUAACAAGGGCAGGGUUUGCAUUAUUCGUCGUGCAAGAAUUAGAGAACAACGAGUGGGUGAAGAAAGCACCGUUGAUCACACUGCCUUGAUCCUAUAGAUCUUCAUCUUUUGCAUGACCAACGUAGGACUAUCCCCAUGAUCGUGUAUGCUGUUAAAUC